GCUCGACCCGCGGCCGAUUCUCUGCGCGUGCGCGGCGAGACCCACCCGAGCGCCCGCCCGCCACGGCCCCUUUAAGAGUGGCGGGGGCGCGCGCGGCGGGAGGAGGGAGCGCGCGCUUCCCGGAACAGCCGCGUGCAGGAAAGAGCCAAGAAAACCGGACCCAGCGGCCUGAGCCCCAAAGCUGGAGCCCCCGGGGCCGCCGGAGCCGCCGCCGCGGCCUUCUGGAGCUCCCGCGCGCGGACGAUGCCCAACGCGGCGGCGCGGGGCUCGGGGCGCUGAGAACAGGGGACACGGGGUAGCCAUGGUGACGGCCAGCGCGACCCGCCGCGCCGCCUGACAGGUGGAACCGGGCCGGCCACGGCGCAGCAUGUACGCCAAGGGGAGCAAAGGGUCGGCUGUGCCCUCGGACAGCCAGGCCCGCGAGAAGCUGGCGCUGUACGUGUACGAGUACUUGCUGCACGUGGGGGCUCAGAAAUCAGCACAGACAUUCCUCUCCGAGAUCCGGUGGGAGAAGAACAUUAUGCUGGGGGAACCCCCGGGGUUCCUGCACUCCUGGUGGUGCGUGUUUUGGGACCUAUACUGCACAGCGCCCGACCGCCGGGAGGUCUCCGAGUUGGCGAGUGAGCCCAAGGCGUUCCCCGACUACAGCACUGCAGCGGCCCCUGCCCCUAUGGUGGGGGGCUUGGUCCCUGGGGACAUGAUGGCAGCGGGGCCCUUGGCCCCUGGCUUCUUCCAGCCCUUCAUGUCCCCGCGGUACCCAGGGGGCCCCCGGCCCACCCUGCGGAUGCCGAGUCAGCCUCCUGUGGGCCUCCCGGGUCCUCAGCCCCUCCUCCCUGGCACUGUGGACCCCUUGCGCGCUCAGGGGCACCCGGGCCUGGGCCCCAUGCAGAGAGCACCGCCGCCCCGGGCCAUGGCUGGCCUUGGGCCACAGGUAAGGGCAGGCCAGGGAGUGGGGGGCCGGGUUCCCCCUUUUUGGCCCCUGCUCAUGCCCCUUUCACCUCCACAGAGCUAUGGCGGGGGCUUGCGGCCGCCACCCCACGCCCUCACCGGCCCUGCCCUGCCCCCCUCGAACAUGAGCCCGGUGGGCCGAGGCCCCUGGACCAGCCCCAGCGGCAACUCAGCCCCCUACCCAUCGUCUUCCCCUGGCAGCUACACUGGACCCCCAGGAGCAGGCGGGCCCCCAGGAACACCCAUCCUGCCCAGCCCUGGAGACUCCACUACGUCCAGCGAGAACAUGUACACCGUCAUGAACCCCUUCCCGCUUGGGCCGGCCCCUGAGGGCCCCCUGACAGCGCUGAGCGCCCUGGAGCCUCACCAGGCCAAUGGAUCCCUGGGAUCGGGCGACAUGGAUGGCCUGCCCAAGAACUCCCCGGGCCUGAGCAACGCCCCGGGCACCCCACGGGAUGAUGGCGAGAUGGCACCCACUGGGACCUUCCUACACUCAUUCCCGAGCGAAAGCGUAAGCGACUGUGUGGACUCCCCUCCCGCGGCAGCGGCGGCGGCGGGCCGGAGGGACCUGGCGGGCAGGCCCCGAAGGGGCGGCCGGGGGGCCAGAGCAAGACCAUGACUGCGUCGGGCCAGUUCUCCCCUGGGAUGACCAUGAG